AUGCAAAAGUUAUUGAAGGGAAUUGAUGAAGAGCAGAAGAGAAAGAAAUCUGUUGAUAGUGGAUCACGUCAUUCGAGGAAAAGUGAAAAGGAGGAAGAUGCUGAACUAAUUGCAGAUGAAGAAGUAGAUGGAGCUGAGAACUAUGAAAAUGAAGACUAUGUAACGGAGACACCUUGGUACAUUAAACAUGGAAAAUUAAGAGAUUAUCAGAUCCAAGGUUUAAAUUGGUUGAUUUCAUUACACGAACACAAGUUAUCCGGUAUUUUGGCAGAUGAAAUGGGGCUUGGUAAAACUUUACAAACUAUUUCAUUCUUGGGUCACCAGAGAUAUGUUAAAGGUAUAGAAGGUCCCUUCUUAAUUAUCGUCCCCAAAUCUACGCUGGAUAAUUGGAGAAGAGAAUUUGAAAGGUGGACACCUGAAGUUGAUGUCUUAGUACUACAUGGUGACAAAGAUGAAAGACGUGAGCUUUUACAAGAAAGGGUACUUGAAGCUAAAUUUGACGUUUUAAUUUCAUCUUACGAAAUGGUUAUCAAGGAAAAAAGUACGUUAAAAAGAGUCGCUUGGCAAUAUUUGGUCAUUGAUGAAGCUCAUCGUAUUAAGAACGAGCAGAGUACUUUGUCACAAAUCAUUAGAUUGUUUUACUCGAGAAAUAGAUUAUUGAUCACAGGUACUCCUUUACAAAACAAUUUACACGAGUUGUGGGCUCUCUUGAACUUUUUGUUGCCAGAUGUCUUUGGAGAUGCGGAAGUUUUUGACGAUUGGUUCGAACAAAAUAACAGUGAGCAAGAUCAAGAAACUGUGAUUCAGCAAUUGCAUACAGUUCUAAGUCCCUUCUUGUUGAGGAGAGUAAAGGCCGAUGUGGAAAAGUCUCUGCUCCCGAAGAUCGAGACCAACUUGUACGUUGGUAUGACUGAAAUGCAGGUUCAUUGGUAUAAAUCACUGUUAGAAAAAGAUAUAGACGCUGUUAAUGGUGUAGUCGGUAAGCGUGAAGGUAAAACGAGACUACUCAACAUUGUCAUGCAAUUGAGAAAAUGCUGUAAUCAUCCAUAUCUUUUCGAGGGUGCCGAGCCUGGUCCACCUUAUACCACCGAUGAGCAUUUGGUCUAUAAUGCUGGUAAAAUGAUUGUCCUUGAUAAAUUGCUGAAAAAAAUGAAAGAAAAGGGUUCUCGUGUAUUGAUCUUCAGUCAAAUGUCUAGAUUGCUUGACAUUUUGGAAGAUUACUGUUACUUUAGAGAUUACGAAUAUUGUCGAAUUGAUGGUUCCACGGCUCAUGAGGAUCGUAUUGAAGCCAUUGACGAGUUCAAUAAACCAGAUUCUGAUAAGUUUGUUUUCUUGUUGACCACUCGUGCUGGUGGGCUAGGUAUCAAUUUAGUGACCGCUGAUACUGUGGUCCUAUACGAUUCCGAUUGGAACCCCCAAGCAGAUUUACAAGCCAUGGAUAGAGCUCAUAGAAUUGGUCAAAAGAAACAAGUUCAUGUUUACAGAUUUGUUACGGAGAGUGCUAUUGAAGAGAAAGUUAUUGAACGUGCCGCUCAAAAAUUGAGGUUGGAUCAGUUGGUUAUACAACAAGAUUCAAGUAAGAAAACUGCUAAUCUUGGUAAUUCCAAGGAUGAUUUGCUUGAUAUGAUUCAAUUUGGUGCAAAGGACGUUUUUGAAAAGAAAUCUAAUACAAUUAGUGUCAAUGAUGAUAUUGAUGAAAUUUUGGCUAAAGGUGAUCAAAAGACGAAGGAACUAAAUGCCAAAUACGAAUCUCUGGGCUUGGAUGAUUUGCAAAGGUUUAAUGAUAUGGAAAAUCAAUCAGCUUAUGAAUGGAACGGUAAAAACUUUCAAAAAAGAACAGCCGACAAGGCUAUCGAAUGGAUCAAUCCAUCUCGGAGAGAAAGAAGAAGAGAACAACAGACUUAUUCUGUGGAUGAUUAUUACAAAGAAAUCAUCGGGACCAGUUCAAAAAGCUCAAAAUCUAAUGCUAAGUCCACGCCUCAACCUAAGACUUUCCGCCCACCUAAGAUUAUUCAUGGUCAAGAUUUCCAAUUCUUCCCUAAGGAAUUGUCAGCCUUGCAGGAAAAGGAGCAAUUGUCUUUCAAGAAGAAAGUCAACUAUAAAGUCACUUCAUAUGAUAUAACAGGUGCUUCUGAAACUGAGGAAGAUGAUGAAGAAGAAUCUAAGGAAGUUUCUGAUGAAACGAAACAAAAGAUUAAGGAAGAACAGGAAAAAAUUGAUCAAGCUGAAGAUUUCACUGAAGAGGACGAAUCUAGGAAACAAGAGUUGAUCUCACAGGCCUUUACCACUUGGAAUAAACGUGACUUAAUUGCGUUUAUUAAUGCAUGCGCCAAAUAUGGUAGAGAUCGUGCGGACAUGAUUCGUAAAUCAGUGGACUCUAAAACACCAGAAGAAGUAGAUGAAUAUGCAGAAGUAUUCUGGGAAAGAUAUCAAGAAAUUCAUGGAUAUGAAAAAUAUAUGGCAACGAUUGAGAAUGGUGAGAAAAAAAAUGAAAAAUUGAAGUAUCAAGAGACAUUGUUGAAGAAGAAAAUUGAGCAAUGGAAGUAUCCUUUUUAUGAAAUGUCAAUCCAUUAUCCCCCAAAUAAUGCAAGACGAACAUACAAUUCCACGGAGGAUAAAUUUAUUCUCUUGACUAUAAGCAAAUAUGGACUUUUCGCAGAUAAAUUAUAUGAAAAACUAAAGCAAGAGAUUAUGACGAGUAAUUUAUUUGCAUUCGAUUGGUUUAUAAGGACAAGGACGGUACACGAGUUAUCAAAGAGGUCAAACACGCUUUUGACGUUGCUGACAAGGGAGUAUGAGGCGCCAGAAUCCAUGAAGAAGAAAAGAAGCAGGGUUACCACAAGAGAAGAUACACCAGCUUCAAACAAUGGUAACGACACUGUGACUCCGGGGGUUCCAAUUCCUCAAAGUGACGAUCAUAUAGAAAAGAAAGCAAGACUUCACCAGGAAUGA